GAUUAAUAUGCAAAAUAAUAUCUCGAUAAAGCUAUCUUUUUUCAGAAACAGUACUCUUGCUGUAGUCCAUGAUCACAAAGCGGAAACUGGUAUAGCAUAAUGCCAUGAAUGAGACAGAUAUUAACCGAAGGAUUUCUUCACAACAUUUACAAGAGCUUUUUUGUCCCCCUGUGGCUGGGGGGGUUUAGAAUACAGCCACGGUAACCCCUGCCUGUCGUAGGAGGCGACUAAAAGGGGGCGCAAGCGAAAGGAGUGAAUGCUAAAAGUAUUGUGAAACAAGUAUGGCAAAAUGUAAAGGAAAAUGUAACUAGCAGAAUGUGAAACGAAAUGUGAAAAGGACGUAAUGUAAAUUUGAAAAUGGCGCCCAAAAGGAUUGGCAGUGAUGCCAACCUUGUCGGUGCGAAUGGCCGACAAUUUUCGUCACUGAUAUAUGCUCGAAAAAAUGUAUGAAUUGUUGGCUUUAUUACAAGUAAAACUAUGUGCUGCAGAUAAGUAUGAAGAUGUGUUUAAUGAAUUCAAAACUUUACACGCAAAUGAGGAACGUGUAAGAUUUAUUCUUAAACUUAUGCUAGAAUAUGGUAUGAUUCCUCAAGUAUGUCCAGAUAGCAAAAAUGCAAACAAAUCUACAGAAUUAAGAGAACAAGGAAAUAAAAAAUAUAUGUCAAAAUCAUUAACAAGCUCUCUGUGUAUUGAUGCACUAAAACUGUAUACAAAAAGUAUAGCGUAUGCACCUUGUACAUCUGAACAACUUGCAUUGGCGUAUGCUAAUAGAUCUGCUGUUCUAAAAAAAAUACACAAAUACAAAGAAUGUAUUGAAGACAUAGAUAGAGCAUUAGCCUUACCAUAUCCAAAUAAUUUAAGAAGUAAAUUAUAUUUAAGAAAAAUUGAGUGUUUAAGUAUAUUAAAACAUCCCAAAACAGAAGAUGCUAUUAAGGAAGCGCAAAAUUGGCUGGACAGCAUGUCCUUGGAUGAUGUCAGUCAUAAAAAAACAAAUAAUAUGUUCAUUUCUGCCAAAAAAAUAUCAGUAUCAAAUACAUCAAAAGAACAAAGUAUUGUAAAACAAUCUCCUUUGCCUGAAUUAAAGCAAUGCAACAUGGAAGUUCCUUGUGCCUCUGAUGCGUUAACUAUAAAAUAUGAUGAAAAAUAUGGCAGACACAUCAUAGCUACUCGUGACAUAAAUAUUGGUGAAAUAAUUGCUAUAGAAAAACCUUAUUCGCUAAUAUUAAAUCCUAACAAUUUACAGACGCAUUGUUCAAAUUGCUUAGAAGUAUGCUGGGCUAAUAUACCUUGUAACUAUUGUAUAUAUGCUAUGUAUUGUUCAGAAGAAUGUAAAGCUUCGGACUGGAAAAAAUAUCAUGACAUAGAAUGUAAGGUAUUUCCUUACCUUUUUAAAGUGAAUUUUACACAAAUUUAUCUCUUUAGCCUAAGACUUGCUGUUCAAGCAGUAAGAGAGAGUAAUAACAUACAGAACUUAAAAGAAGAACUAAAAGAAGUUGAAAAUUGUGAUAAUCCUCGUACAAAGGGUUUUUCGAAGAAUGGAACAUUUGAAAGUGAUGCGUACAGAAGUGUAUUAAGUUUGGUUACUAACGUUGAAAAACAGUUGUUACAAGAUCUCUUUACAAGAUCUGCAGAAGCUAGUUUCAUAUUGUAUUACCUAGCAACAUGUACUGAUAUAUUUGGAAGUUCAAUGAAAGAUUUAUCUGAAUUAAUAGAAAACACUGAUGCUAUCUUUGUUGGGGGGCUUAUACUAAGGCAUCUGCAGUUGAUCCCUCCUAAUGCUCAUUCUUUUACGGAAGAAUAUAAAAUGGCUUCGGAAGACCGUGGUGUAGCACUUAUGCCAUUUCUUAGUCUGAUUAAUCACAGUUGUAACCCAAACAUUCUAAGAGUUUCAAGGCCUGGGCAUAUAAUUGUUUAUGCAAUGUAUCCUAUCAAAAAAGAUGAACAGAUAUUUGAUAACUAUGGUCAAUUAUAUGCAAUGGUACCAAAAUCCAUGAGGCAGAUGGAACUUCUAAAGCACUAUCGCUUCACUUGCGACUGUGUAGCUUGUGUGGAGAACUGGCCAUUAUUUCAUGAAUUAAAAUCUAGGCAGAAACUCAAUUUAGGAACAGAAUGUCUUCUCACGUUGCAAAAGUAUCCUAAAUAUGCUAAAAUGGCGAAAGAAGGAAAUGUAUUUGACAAUGAUAUGAUAGAUGAUUUGUUACAGAUGUUUCAACGAGUAUAUAACGCGUUGCAAAUGCCUCACUGGGCAGUGGCCGAGAUAUCAGAAAUUUUUAAACGCGUCUAUUGCUUAAAUGGAAACAGAUUUGAUAUUCCUGAACUAUAAUAUGCAUCAAACGCGCUCACGUAAUGAAAUGUUAAUUUCUUUCUUUAUGUUUUUUUUAAAUUUUUGUUCCUAAUUCAUUAACAGUUAAAAUUUUUGUUUCAUAACUACCUUUGACUCACCCUUAAAUUUAAAACAGCUGAUUAUUGAUAACAAAGUAUCACAUUGCGCUCGCAGGAUUUGGAUCGCAGAAUUUGAAUUUUGACAAACUAAUAAUUACACGUUUCUCUUUUACAAUUAAUUUACACAAAUUCAAGACACUGAUUGAAAUAGCCAGUGGUAAAGCGGAACGUCAUGGCUGAUUGGGCGCCGUUGUCAACCGUUUUACUAGAGCGAAUUAAAAUCCCGUCAGUCUUAUACCGGCUGCCGAGAGGUGCGCAUCAACCAAUCAAAGAUAAAUAUGCUUCCAAUUUAUAUUACUGCAUCCCUCAUGUCCCUGCAUUUCUUGUAUCCAUACGUUUUUUUAUAUCUCCGCAUUUCUUACGUCUGCUUUCUUUAUAUCCGUACAUUUCUUACAUCUCUGCAUCCAUUAUAUCCCCGCAUACUAUACAUCCUUGCAUUCCUUAUAUUCUCACAGUCCUUACACCCCUGCUUCCUUCAUAUCCCUACAUCCCUUACAACCCUGCAUCCCUUACAUCCUUCCAUCUCUUGUAUCACUGCAAACCUUAUAAUAAAUAUAUUUGUGGCCACUGGUUCGAGUAAAGAUGAGUAAAGGUAAGUAAAGGUAAGUAAAGGUAAGUAAAGGUAAGUAAAGCUUUGUGAGACCGCAAUAUUGUUGCAAACGCGCAAUCCCGGUCUCAUGUUUUUGAAUUUUUGGCCCUCUAGCGGGAAAAAUGCGAACUAAAUUUUCGAUGUCGAAUCAGCGCCACCUGGUGGCAAGAAAAUGAACCAAACCCCGCAAGAUUUUUGGCCCUCUGGCGGGAAAAAUGUGAACUAAAUUUUCGAUGUCGACUCAGCGCCAUCUGGUGGCGAGAAAAGGAACUAAGUCCUGCAAGAUUUUUGGCCCUCUGGCGGGAAAAAUGUGAACUAAAUUUUCGAUAUCGAAUCAGCGCCACCUGGUGGCGAGAAAAGGAACUAGACCUUGCAAGAUUUUUGGCCCUCUGGCGGACAAAAUGCGAACUAAAUUUUCGAUGUCGAAUCAACGCCACCUGGUGGCAAGAAAAGGAACGAAACCUCGCAAGAUUUUUGGCCCUCUGGCGGGAAAAAUGUGAACUAAAUUUUCGAUGUCGAAUCAGCGCCACCUGGUGGCGAGAAAAGGAACUAAAUCUUGCAAGAUUUUUGCCCCUCUGGCGGGAAAAAUGUGAACUAAAUUUUCGAUGCCGGAUCAGCGCCCUCUGGCGGCGAGAAAAGGAACUAAAUUUAGUACGAUUGUCUUCUGUGUGGUACCGGAAUAUGAGGGAUGCCGAGAUGUAAAUGAUGUAGGGGUUAGGGGGAUGUAACUGAUGUAGGAUAUGAAGCGGUACAGGGAUGUGGGGAAUGCACAGAUGUAGGAGUUGCAGGGAUAGAAGGAAAAAAAAUAAAUAACUGCGAACGAUAACUUACGAUGAGUUUCAUUUUUAUUGGUAAAACAAUUAAUUUUUACAAGAUAUUUGAUAACUACGGUCACUUAUAUGCAAUGGUACCAAAAUUCACGAGGCGCUUGGGACUUCUAACACGCUAUCUCUUAACACGUUGCAAAAUUAUCCUAAAUAUCGUCGUAUGGCGGAAAAAGGAAAUGUAUUUAACAAAGAUAUGAUAGAUGACUUGUUACAAAUGUUUCAACGAGUAUAUAACGCGGUGCAAAAGCCUCACUGCGCAGUAACUGAGAUAUUAGUAAUUAUUAAACGGGUCUAUUGUUUAAGUGGAAACAGAUUUGAUAAGUGUCCACGUGAAGACAUGUUAAUUCCUUUCUUUGUUUUGUUUUUUUAUUUUUGUUUCUAAUUCAUUAACAGUUAAAAUUUUUCUUUCAUAACUAAAUUUGAGGUAGUGACAAAGGUAAAGUAUGUAUAAAAAACUCUUUGUAUAAAAUCUAUAGAUUUAAAUACUGAAGACUGAUUAUUCAUCGUAUAUCCUACUAUAUCUAUCUUACAAAUAGACAGCUGAUUAUUGAUAACAAAAUCGUCAAACUGACGGGUCGAUACAUGUUGAUAGAACCAUUCUUAUUAUCAUUAUUUUUAUCAUUAUUUUUAUCAUUAUUUUUAUCAUUAUUUUCAUUACUAUUUACAUGACUGAUCCUCCAUUCAAUGCCAGGAUGGACUGGGCUAUGUUUCUUCAAGUAUUCUACAAGUGCAUCUGCUGUAGUAACACCUUUAACAAAAUAUAUUGUCACGUAUUAAUUAUCUCGAGGAGUUUAUUAUGAAAACAUAUUUUGAAAAAUUUAUAUAAACAUACCAAGGGGUUGAGCCUUGAGAUCUUUCAGCAUAUAAUAUCCGUCACCACCGUCUUUCAUAAAAUCAAGUAGAAGUACAGUAUAAGUUUCAUUCUUUUGAAGUUUACUAUAUGCUGGUAUAUUACAGAAUGCACACUGUACUUGUACUGAAACUACUCUCGAAUUCUUUGGUUUGGACAAAUCAUAAACUACCUGUAAAAAUGAGAAAUAAAUAAAUUUUCAGU